AUGAACAAGUCUGAUGAGGACGAAGAAGAGAGGGGAGAGAAGGUCGACGGAAGAGCGGGAGAAGAGGAGAUAGACCCGGAAAUGGGGGAGGAGGGAGACGACGUGGAGAGAGCUGAGAGGAAAAAGAAGAAGCAGGAGGGUGAGGGUGAGAAGGAAGAAAAGGCGAAUGGCGGUGGUGGGCGGUGGGCGUAUCCUGUGGGGCUGUACAAUCUAUUGGCUGCGGAGGUGGUGGUGCUAGGCGCUGACGAGGGGUUUUCCCACUGGCAGAGUGACUUGCAGGAGACCGUGAGGCCAGCAGACGUCGGUUGGCACUGGCACCGUUACUGGAGUUUGAGCUCAGGUUUGAAUUGGAACGACAGUGGGACAAAUUCUGCUGACGGCGAGACGUCGUUGGUUGGAAGCGUCGUCUCGACGGUGGCCUUGGUGGAGUUGCAGGAGGAGGAGGAGCAGCCAGUCCGAAGGCAGAUGUUGGUGGUGCUGAUGCUGGAGGUGAUGGAAAGGGGAAAGAAAAAGGAAGUGGUGGCGAGGAACAUGCAGGAGGUUGGUGAUGCUGAUGCUGAUGGCCAAAGCUGA